AUGAGCAGCGGCACUCGGGCACAGGCACCUACUACAUCAGCCUCUUCGUGUGGAAAAGCCCUACCGGAAGGUGUGCAGCUGGGUCACUCUGUCAACCUCACUAUCUCAAGUGACAGCGUCAACCAAACGAGUACAACUCGACGUUACCGCAUUCAUGUCCCUCGAUCAUAUCCCAACAAUGCACAAGUGCCCGUCAUUUUUUCGUUCCAUGGGCGCAGUAGGGAUGCGUUGUUUCAAGAAGAGCUUUCACAAUUCUCGAACGCUUCAUAUGGGUUUAAGGGGAUUUCUGUGUAUCCGGAAGGAUGGCCGACCAGCAAUACAGGCAUCCAACAAUGGCAAGGCGACCCUGAUGCACCAUCAUACGUCAACGACACAUUGUUCACCCUCGAGAUCCUGAAUCACCUGGAACACGCUUAUUGUGUAGACCCCACCCGUGUAUACGCAGCAGGAAAAUCCAACGGAGGAGGUUUUACUGGUCUGCUUGCAUGUGAUCCAAUUGUAGGUGCAAAAUUCGCCGCAUUUGCCGUUGUAUCCGGGGCUUUCUAUCUGAAUGAAGCCCAACAACUUCCUUCCUGCAACAACUUACGUCAAUCGACGCCCAUCACGGAGUUCCAUGGAUUCGAGGAUACUACAAUCCUCUAUGCCGGUGGUCUAAACACACGCAAGACACGCAACACAACCAGCAUUGUCGCCUACGUUGAUGAUUGGGCCGAACGAAACAGUUUUCAAAUCAGCGCCAAUACAUCCAGUCAUCUCUGUAGUGGAGGCAAGAAGGUCACAAGAUAUAGCUGGGGUAACGACCAAGUCGUGCAUUACAACUACACGAAUCUCGGACAUGACUGGCCAAGCUCAUUCUCCAACAGAGAUACAGAGAGCGACUUGACGAAGUUGACAUGUAAGGAAGCGGAAGCCACCAGUAUCAUUUUGAAAUGGUUCAAGAAGUGGACGCUAUAA